AACAGCCGGGUUCAUGCUAAUCACUCCCGACAGCAAAGAUGGCGGCCGAGCGGCGUUGACUCUGCUCCGCAAGAAGCUAGUCAGUUCGGGGCAUUAGUUGCGUUUUCGGCACAGCAAGGAAGCCAAGUUCAUACUAAUAAAGCUGUCGCUUCAGAGACAUGUUGUGAGGCUGUGAGGAGGUCUUUCCGCAGGGAGCUAGCCGCUACAAGUCUUUAAUUUCGCUUGUGCCUCGCCGUAGCUAACUGUCGUCAUUGUAAAAUGGCUCCGGUGCAGAUCGGGUCAGAUGGGCAGCUCGUCCCGCUUGGAGGACCGGUGGUCUCCGCUCAGCAGCAGGCACCCCCCGGUGCCCCCGCUACUCAGGGGGUUCGACUGAGCCUCCUAAUUGAGUUUCUUCUCCAGAGGACCUACCAUGAAAUUACGCUGCUGGCGGAACUACUUCCUAGAAAAGCAGACAUGGAAAGGAAAAUUGAGAUUGUCCAGUUUGCCAGGCGGACCAGGCAGUUGUUCGUGCGUCUGCUAGCCCUGGUGAAGUGGGCAAGCAAUGCAGGCAAAGUUGAGAAGUGUGCGAUGAUUUCCAGCUUUCUAGACCAGCAGACCAUCCUGUUUGUGGAUACAGCUGACAGGCUUGCACUGCUGGCCAGAGAUGCCCUGGUCCAUGCUCGUUUACCCAGCUUUGCCAUCCCCUUUGCUAUUGAUGUGCUAACCACAGGGUCUUACCCACGCCUGCCCACAUGUAUACGAGACAAAAUCAUUCCUCCAGACCCUAUUACAAAGUCGGAGAAGCAGACUACACUAAAUCAGCUUAAUCAGAUUCUACGACAUCGUCUUGUCACCACAGACUUACCGCCCCAGCUAGCAAACCUCACAGUUGCCAAUGGACGUGUAAAGUUUCGUGUCGAAGGAGAGUUUGAGGCUACUUUGACUGUGAUGGGAGAUGAUCCUGAUAUUCCUUGGAGACUGCUAAAGCUGGAGAUUCUAGUGGAAGACAAAGAAACAGGAGAUGGCCGAGCCUUGGUUCACAGUUUGCAGGUGAACUUCAUCCAUGAGUUGGUUCAGGCACGUCUGUGUGCAGACGAAAAACCGCUCCAGGACAUGUACAACUGUUUGCACUCCUUCUGUCUGUCACUGCAGCUAGAGGUACUUCACUCUCAGACACUAAUGCUGAUCAGAGAGCGAUGGGGAGACCUGGUGCAGGAGGAGAGAUAUGUGCCUGCAAAGUACCUUACACUUAGUGUUUGGAACCAACAGGUUUUGGGUAGGAAAACUGGUACAGCAUCUGUACAUAAAGUCACAAUCAAGAUUGAUGAAUCUGAUGGAUCUAAGCCAUUGCAAAUAUCUCAUGAGCCUCCUCUCCCUGCCUGUGACUCCAGGUUAAUGGAGAGAGCUAUGAAGAUUGAUCAUCUGUCAGUGGAGAAGCUUUUGAUUGACAGUGUACAUGCGCGGUCUCAUCAGAAACUACAGGAACUGAAGGCCAUACUAAAGGCCAGCAAUCCUAGUGAUAACUCGUUUGUUGAGACUGCAUUACCUACGCUCGUUAUUCCAAUACUUGAGCCCUGUGGUCGUUCAGAGUGCUUACAUAUUUUUGUAGACCUGCACUCUGGCAUGUUCCAGCCAAUGCUUUAUGGAUUAGAUCAGUCCAUGCUGGAUGAAAUUGAAAAGACCAUUAAUGAUGAUAUGAAGCGCAUUAUAUCUUGGCUUCAGCAACUAAAGUUCUGGUUGGGGGAGCAGCGUUGCCGGCAGUCUGUGAAGCACCUUCCCACUGUGUGCACCGAUGUCCUACACCUGUCCAAUACAGCCUCUCACCCUGUUGGCAACUUGUCGAAACACAAACUCUUCAUCAAACUCACACGUCUUCCGCACUAUUACAUUGUGGUGGAAAUGCUUGAAGUGCCUAGCUGUCCCACUUCGUUGCAGUACAAGUACUCCUUCCUAUCUGUGUCUCAGUUGGAAGGAGAUGACGGACCUAUGUGUGCACAGCUUCUACAACAUUUUAAACCCAACCUCAAACAUCUUGUGCAGGAUACUACAGCAGGAAAAUUGGUCAGACCUGGGACCAAGAGAAAGAUAUCUGGAGAACAGACGGACCCAGAGCCAAAGAAGCCCAAGCGUUCUGGGGAAAUGUGUGCCUUCAACAAGGAGCUUGCUCACCUCGUGGCGAUGUGUGACACCAACAUGCCUUUUAUUGGUCUCAGAACAGAGAUGUCUAACAUGGAGAUUCCUAACCAGGGUGUACAAGUGGAGGGAGAUGGCAGUAGUCACGCAAUACGUCUGCUGAAGAUACCUCCGUGUAAAGGUGUAGGAGAGGAGACCAGGAAAGCUUUAGAGCGUUCACUUCUGGACUGCACCUUCCGCCUGCAGGGCAGGAACAAUCGAACAUGGGUUGCUGAACUUGUGCUGGCCAACUGCCCUCUCAACAGCACACACAGCAAAGAGCAAGCCACAACUAGACAUGUGUAUCUGACCUAUGAAAACCCUCUGUCGGAGCCAGUGGGUGGGCGAAAGGUGGUAGAGAUGUUCCUUAAUGACUGGAAUGCCAUCAGUCAGCUCUACCAGUGUGUUCUUAACUUCUCCUGUGCCCUGCCAGAGAUGCCGUCUUAUCUGAACCUCUUCUCAGAGGUGCGUCUCUAUAACUACCGUAAGCUGGUGCUGUGCUACGGCAUUACCAAGGGCAGCUCUGUCACCAUCCAGUGGAACUCUGGCAGCCACCGCUUCCACCUCGGCCUGGGCACCGUGGGCCCCAACUCUGGCUGCUCUAACUGCCACAAUAUCAUCCUCCACCAGCUACAGGAGAUGUUUAACAAGAACCCCAAUGUGAUGCAGCUGCUCCAGGUGCUUUUUGACACACUGGCCCCUCUGAAUUCUAUCAACAAGCUACCAACAGUGCCCAUGCUGGGCUUGACCCAGCGCACGAACACUGCCUACCAGUGCUUCUCCAUCCUUCCCCAGUCACCCACACACCUCCGUCUGGCUUUUCGAAACAUGUACUGCAUUGACAUCUACUGCCGUAGUCGUGGAGUAGUGGCCAUCAGAGACGGAGCCUACAGUAUGUUUGACAACACAAAGAUUGUCGAAGGUUUCUACCCUGCUCCAGGACUCAAGACAUUCCUGAACAUGUUCGUAGACAGCAAUCAGGAUGCUCGCAGACGCUCUGUCAAUGAAGAUGAUAACCCACCCUCACCCGUAGGAGUAGACAUGAUGGACAGUCUGAUCAACCAGCUUCCGCAUCAACAGCAGCUGCAAACACCCAGAGGGGGUCCAGGAGGUGUAUAUCCCCCUCUGACUUCGCCACCAAAUUACCUCCCUAAUGUAACUCCCUCACCAUCCAUGAUGCCAACACAGUCGCCAGGGAACAUCCAUACCUCUGGCUCCCCUAGUGGAGCUCUCAGGGCACCCUCUCCUUUCGGGCCCACCCCGUCUCCGUCUUCUCUGGGCAUAGCCAUGGGUCAGACCAGCUUUGCCAGUCCCCACGGAGCUUUGGACCCCAGCUCUCCAUAUCCCAUGGUGUCUCCCAGCCACAGGGGCCAGUGGCCUGGCUCACCCCAGGUUUCAGGGCCUUCUCCAGGGGCAAGGAUCCAUGGCAUGUCUCCUGGCAACCCUUCGCUGCACUCGCCAAUCCCUGACCCUCAUUCUCCACGUGCUGGCUCCAGUUCACAAGUCAUGCCUACCAGUAUGCCUCCACCCCGCUUGCUACCUCAGCGCCCCUGGGCUGCCUCCAUUCCUACAAUCCUCACCCACAAUGCCUUGAAUGUUCUUCUGCUACCCUCACCCACUCCCUGCCUUGUGCCAGGCCUGGCAGGAAGCUACCUCUGCUCGCCACUGGAGCGCUUUCUAGGCUCAGUUAUCAUGAGACGCCACCUGCAGAGGAUUAUCCAGCAGGAAGCAAACUUGUCUAUCGUCAACUCUAAUGAGCCAGGGGUGAUCAUGUUCAAAACAGACGUGCUCAAAUGUCGCGUGGCUCUUAACCCUAAGAAUUACCAGACACUGCAGCUGAAAGUGACUCCUGAAAAUACAGGUCCCUGGUCCCAGGAGGAGCUUCAAGUGCUGGAGAGGUUCUUUGAGACACGAGUUGCUGGUCCUCCCUUCAAAUACAACACUCUGAACGCCUUCACUAAGCUGCUGGGGGCACCCACUAACAUUCUUAGGGACUGUGUGCGCAUCAUGAGGCUUGAACUGUUCCCUGACCAGACUUCAGAGCUAAGGUGGAAUGUCCAGUUUUGCCUCACCAUCCCGCCCAGUGCUCCCCCCAUCGCCCCUCCUGGAACCAUCGCUGUGGUGCUGAAGUCCAAGAUGCUCUUCUUUCUGCAACUUACCCAGCGUAUUCCAGUGCCCCAGGACCCAAUGAGCAUUAUCGUGCCUAUUGUGUACGACAUGGCCACAGGCCUCACUCAGCAGGCUGACAUCCCCAGACAACACAGCUCCUCAGGGGCUGCAGCACUAAUGGUCUCCAAUAUUCUGAAGAGGUUCAGUGAGGUGCACCCCGCCAGACAGGGUGAAUGCACCAUCUUUGCCUCUGUUCAUGAGCUGAUGGCCAACCUCACUCUGCCCCCUGGCACUAGACAGUAGAAGGGCUAAUAAAGCUCAACUGGAUCUUCAUAAAGGCAAAGUGCCCAUCCCUAAGAGGAACCAGAAUAAGAACUGUGGUGUUAAAUAUCAACCUCUGCUUGAGCCCUUGUUCAUUUGAGCUGUUGAGAUGUCCUGUCAUUGACCACAGUCCUCAUCAAAGUUUACAGAGGGCUUGGAUCACCUGUUGCUGUGAAUCUUGGUCAUUUGAUGCAAAGGAUAUAAAUGUUGUUUUCUUCCUCCAGGUGCACUUGUAAACAAAAUUAUCUAUUGAAAAUAAGGUUGUUUACUUAACUAUGUAUAUUAUUGUAUAUUUGAAUGUUGAAAAGAAUCAGGGGAGGUAGACUUUUGCUAGAGCUUUUUUGCCAUACUGAUAUUAUUGUAGUAUCAGGACAUGUAUACCUUAGCACACUAUUUAAAUGUUUUCUUGCCUUUAUUUUGUCGCAACCUGGAUUUUUAUUUCAAACUCUCACUUUGGAUACUGUAAAAAUGUGACAACCUUUAUAAGCCAAGUAUUUUAUUAAGACCCGUUUCAAGUCAUGAUUGAAGGAUUUAAGACUUGUCUGACUUUGCUAUUUAAUAAUAAACCAAGCUCACAGUUGGUUCGGGCUCCCGGGA